GGCGAAUGGGCGGGUGAGGAGGGGAUGAGAGCCACCAACUCACACGCCUCAAUUUUGGUCCGGAGCAGAUGGGGCCGCACUUUAAUGGAAUCAAACGAAAUGGCAUUGAUCGCUGAAGGCCAACGGACCCGCACCCGCAGAAUUCAGAAGAUCAACUCGAUUCGGCUUGGUUCGGAUCUGUCAGUCAGACCGCGUAUUGUCCGAGUAUUCGUAACUGGGAUUUGGGUCGUGGUCGUUGUGCGUUGUGCGUUUAUAUCACUAUAUAGAUACAUAUGGAUGGGAUUGGAUCACUUGGGGAAACUACGCGUAGUGCGUAGUUUGCUUUAUUGCAUUGGACAGCCCCUUCACCUGAUUUGCCACACAAAAGGUGCCAACCGCCGCAACUACAAUCCCAUGAGAUCCGAAACUGAAACCGAAAUGGAAACCGAAAACGAAACGGUAAACGGGGAAGGCAAAGUGUGACUGACUCUCCCUAUUGCUUUGAGCAUAUACUGAAAUAAACAGGGGCUAAAUAAACAGGUUUAUAAAAACUUUCUUUGGUUGGUCAAAUGCAAAUCACAUUUAGUCUAA